AUGGGAUAUCUUGACUUGGCCUUGUCGCAUUCCAACCCUUCUCAGGCUGUUGAAACUCCUUCGAGCGGUGGAGGUCUCAGCCAGAAUGGAAAAUUCAGCUAUGGAUAUGCAAGCUCUGCUGGUAAGAGAUCAACUAUGGAAGACUUUUUCGAGACGAGGAUCGAUGGUAUUGAUGGUGAAAUCGUGGGUCUAUUUGGAGUCUUUGAUGGCCAUGGUGGAGCCAGAGCAGCUGAGUAUGUGAAGCGUCAUCUUUUCAGUAAUCUAAUCACUCAUCCAAAGUUUAUCUCUGACACCAAAUCAGCUAUAACUGAUGCCUACAACCAUACAGACUCUGAACUUCUCAAGUCAGAAGAUAGCCACAACAGAGAUGCUGGUUCGACUGCUUCCACAGCUAUACUCGUUGGUGAUCGUCUACUUGUUGCAAAUGUUGGUGAUUCACGAGCUGUUAUCAGCAGAGCUGGAACUGCUAUUGCUGUGUCAAGAGACCACAAACCUGACCAAAGUGAUGAGCGUGAAAGGAUUGAGAAUGCUGGUGGAUUUGUGAUGUGGGCAGGCAAGGUUGGAGGAGUUCUUGCAGUUUCUCGUGCAUUUGGUGAUCGUCUUCUCAAACAAUAUGUUGUUGCUGAUCCAGAGAUCCGGGAGGAAAAGAUUGAUGAAUCUCUUGAGUUUCUAAUCCUAGCAAGUGACGGUCUAUGGGAUGUUUUCUCUAAUGAGGAAGCAGUUGCAAUGGUUAAGGAAGUUGAAGAUCCAGAGGACUCUGCGAAGAAACUUGUGGCAGAAGCAAUAAAGAGAGGAAGUAAAGACAACAUCACAUGUGUCAUUGUUCGUUUCUUGGAGACAGCUUCUUCAAGCCACGUCAGCUCCUCUUCAUCCAAGGAAACUAAACAAGUCAAGAACGAUUCAGAGUAACAUUAGCACAGUGAAUAAACCAGAUAAAUGUAGCGAAUAGAAACAUAACCCUUGCAAGCAGCUCGAAACCGAUGCAGUGGCCGUUAAAGGU